AUCAAAAGUCACCAACGAUGGAGUUUGUUUUUGGACCGCCGAAAGUAGAGAGGAAGGGCUCGAAGGAGAUCUCGCCGAGCCACUUCAUGCGCCGUGCGGCGUCGCGCGCUGGCCGGAAAGCGUUUUUCCGGUGGCAUCGCCGAAGCGCCUCGCACGCGCCUCGGCGAUGGGCAGCCGGCCGGCGCGCAGCGAGCUGCGCGCCGGCGGCCCCCGCGCGGCCGAGAGCGGGCCGCGCGCCCGCCCCGACGCACCCGUCGCGCCUUCGAACCGCGAGAAAAGCGGCCACCGCGGCUCGCCCGCCGCCUCGGCCGUAACGAGACGGUCGCGCUGAACAAACCCCUGCCUUAGGCCCGACGGUUCCAUCGGCCCCGACCACCUGCACAACGAGAUGGGCGUCCUCGUGCUCGGCGUGGGCAACCCGCUCCUCGACAUCUCGUCGAAGGUGCCCAUGGACGUGCUCGACAAGUACGAGGUCAAGUCCGGCGACAUCAUCCUCGCCGAGGACAAGCACGCGGGCAUCUACGACGAGCUCGUGGAGAAGUACGCGCCCGAGUACAUCGCCGGCGGCGCGACGCAGAACUCGAUCCGCGUCUGCGCCUGGAUGCUCAAGGCCGCGAGCCGGACCGGCGCGUGCGCGUUCGCCGGGUGCGUCGGGUCCGACGCGAACGGCAAGAAGCUCCAGGAGUGCGCCGAGGCCGGCGGCGUCGAGGUCGCCUACCAGGUGGACGGCGAGACGCCGACGGGCGUCUGCGCCGUGCUCGUGGACCCGUCGAACGAGCGCACGCUCGUCACGCGCCUCGACGCGGCGAACAACUUCAAGAAGGACCACCUCGAGUCACCGGCCGUGCAGAAGCUUAUUGUUUCUGCCAAGGUCAUCUACUCCGCGGGCUUCUUCCUCACGUCCGGCGGCCCGGAGUGCACCGAGCUCCUCGGCGCGCACUGCGCCGAGUACGGCAAGCGGUUCUGCCUCAACAUCUCCGCGCCGUUCAUCGCGCAGUUCUUCGGCGCGCAGCUCGACGCGACGCUGCCCCACGUCGACAUCCUCUUCGCCAACGAGACCGAGGCCGCGGCCCUGGGCGAGGCCAAGGGCUGGGGCUCCGACGUCGCCGCCGUCGCUUUAAAGGUCGCGGCGCUCCCCAAGGCGUCGGGCCUCUUCGCGCGCGCCGUCGUCUUCACCCAGGGCGCCGACGCGACCCUCGUCGCCUACGGCGGCGUCGUCCACAAGUACAACGUGCCCAAGCUCGACAAGGCCAAGAUCGUCGACACGAACGGCGCCGGCGACGCCUUCGUCGGCGGCUUCCUCAGCCGCCUCAUCCUCGGCGAGGACUUCGACGCCUGCGUCAAGGCGGGCCACUUCGCCGCGCGGACCAUCAUCCAGCGCUCGGGCUGCACCGUGCCGGACAAGUGCACCUACGGCUCCAUCCUCGGCAUGUAGGCGACCAUCGACGCGCCCGCGCGCGGACCGCGGCCCCUCGCCCCGAGGCCCCGCGCUCCUUUCCGACGCGCCCGUUAAAGCGAUCCCCCUCC